GGCUCUUGUCUGCGACGAGAGAGAGGAAAUGACAGUAGGAAUGAGCGCUUCAGCUCUAAGCUUGUACGGUCGAUGGCCUUCUGAUUCAUCAAGGCUUGUCAAGGGUUUGUCUUCUCCGCCACCAUGCCCUAGUCCUCAGCCUAAGCUUACCCAAUCUCCGGUUGACAGAACCCUUACUCAGAUCAAGAAUUCUGGUGUCAUAGCUUGUCUUCGGGCAAGUAGCGCAGAAGUGGCCUUGGAAGCUUCACAUGCUGCAAUAGCAGGAGGCAUUUCAGUCCUGGAGGUUGUAAUGUCCACCCCAGGUGUAUUCGAGGUUUUACGGCAGCUAGUAAAGGAGCAUCCUGCAAUGGCUCUAGGAGUUGGGACUGUUCUUAGAGUUGAGGAUGCAAAAACUGCAAUAAAUGCUGGAGCCAAAUUUCUCAUGAGUCCUGCAAUUGUGAAGGACAUCAUGGAUUAUGUUCGAUGUUGUGAGAGUUUAUACAUUCCUGGUGCAAUGACUCCAACUGAAAUAUUGUCUGCUUAUGAAGCUGGUGCCAAAAUAGUCAAGGUUUAUCCAGUUUCUGCACUUGGAGGAGUUCGGUAUAUCUCAGCACUCAAGAAGCCCUUCGCUCAAAUCCCUUUGGUUGCUUCUCAGGGAAUAACAAUAGAUUCAAUUGGGGAAUAUAUUAGGCAAGGAGCAUCAUCAGUAGUUCUAUCAGAUGCCAUAUUUGAUAAAAAAGCAAUUGGGCAGCAUAAUUUUGAAAAGAUAUUUGAACUUGCUCAAUCUGCAGCUCUACUGGGUAGCAAUGCCGUGAAUCGGAGAAAAGAAGAGCUCUGAUGUACUUCAGUUUUGUUUUUGCCCAUUUUUUUUAAUUGACAUGGGUUCUUUCAGCAUAAGGCCAUGUUUUUAAGGACUCUUGUAUAUAAAUUUAUGAUGUUAGGUAAUAAUAUUCUGGUUUCUUUUAAUGUAAAUGUAGGGUGUAUGUAUUUUAUUGCCAUCAUAGGACACUGUUCAUAUUUAAAUAGAUAAACGGAGCAUGGGGGUUAACUACCUGGCUUCUUGGUCCUUUUUUACUAAGGAAUUUAUGCACUAUACCAUUCUCUUCAAACUUGGCAGUUGGCACUUGGAUCACUGUCACUGUAAAAUAUUA